AUGUUUGUCUGGGUGAGUCGGACCAUGGAAAAUUUAAAUUUUGAAAAAGAACGGGCCGCAGCAGGAGUAGAGAACAGGAAAGAAAUUCCUUUCCCGCAAGAUGAACAUCACCACGCGCUUCGCUUCGACCCUCUUCAUCCAGCAACAAAAUGCAACUGCAACGGAGUUUUUGGAGGUGCGUACAACUAUCUGGUGUCGACGGCAUUUUUAGUACCGGCAUGUUGGAAUAAGUCGGUUUCUAGUUUCAAGUUUCUCAGACGGGUUUCGGACCACUUUCCGCCUUCACAUCACUUAGGUUACGAACUGCCAGAAAUGGUAAAGAAGACGUCAUCGAACUAGCAGGAGCGGGGUUCCCGGCCACUAUUCCAAUUGCCAACGCUGAAGAAAGUGCAGAAUGAAGGAGGUUGUGACGUCGGUUCAUUUAAUGUUACACAACUGCGGAAGAUGUUACAAGUUCAACGAUGAAGGCGUGCAAAAAUUUUUCCAGAAAAUACAGAACAACCACGUCAUCUUUUGGAAACGAAAUCUGAAGACCACGCCACGAACAGCACAAACGAUGAGUAGAACGAGUUGAAGUCACGAGUAAAAAGUAAAAAAACCAAAUCUAACGGACGAUUGAUCAUCUUCACACGACGAAAUAACAACAGUACAUAAUCCAUUGGACAAGAAGGAGGCUUGGGACGAGGGAAACAACUGCUAGGUGUAUCGAGCCGAAGCGUCGUAGUGUCUCACAUCACAAGUUCCUUUUACAAGUCUUUCAGUAGUAUAGACACAUGGCGAUGUAGUUGUUAGCAGAAGGAAGUAGUGCAACGAACUAUCCAACACCACCUUUUCGACUUGUUUUACAGCUUGGCACUGCUGCUCGCAAGCGGCACAUUCUUGCUUGGAAGCUAAAGUCUGGUAUUAACCCAAGAACACACGGCUCGGAGGAUGAAUUAGCACAGGCUACAACGAACAAUGAAAAAUUGACGAAGGGGAAGAUUAUAUCAAAAAGACUUCGCUAUCGCUGUCUUCUAUGUCUACCAAGGGAAAGUUGUUUUGGGUCUAGUCUUUUGCCUGGGCGGCGGUAGUACUACAGAACUAUAUGUUUUUUUUUGGUUUUUUUUGCCUAAGCCUAUACUGUAGCUGUACUUAUGGAUGAAGAUUCCGAUGAAGUUUUGGAAUAAUUCGCCUUUGUUUGUUUGUGUAGCAUUAUCAUCUGCGAGGAUGAAAGGUACAUGUCGGAAUAGCCACGACAUCACAUCUUCAAAUUCUUUAGUCUUACGAGAAGCUAAGGAAAAGAUCGGGAAUAAACCUCCAAAGUCAUCGGCUCUAGGUCUUUUUCCAGAUUUUUUUGAAGUCAAAUCGAAGGGUAAGAACGAUCCACAGACCGGCACUUUAUCUGUAGUUUUAUGUUUCUUUGGUAGUCUUGUUUCGCUCUUCCGUUUGAGUUUUUCACAAAAGAGCUUAUCCAGCUUGCGAUGUCAUAAUUGCAUCGCAGUGGCGGAUAGCUCUGUUUUCUGAUCAGAUAACUAGUACUACUAAAUUGGGAAUAAAAAACUAUCCUUUUCCACUUCAGUUCUCGUUGUACCUUUUCUUCUGCUAAACAAUUUUUUUCGAGUUAUAAUUUUUUCAAGACAAAAUCGAUGACGAAGUACUUCUAAUCACACCUAGUAGUACAUAUGACUAUGGCUUCAUCUUAAAUUCUAUGUUCAUCGUUGCCUCAAUUUUUCUCUCUUGGCAACUCGUGCACGCAUUGAUUUUUACCACCUAUCAGACAAAAAGAACUCUAAAAAUGUAUACAGCACAUCAACUUCAGCAAGAAGUCCUAUUUUUUUCUUCGGUACUUCUUUUAUCAUUUUUUUCUUAUUCUUUCACAGCAGCAGACCAGGAUCGCGAUUCCGAUCUAGGUCUAUGCUGUCUCUCGUCUGCCAAAAUGACAAACAGUUUGAUCGCUACAGCUAUGAAAAAUAUACAACUUGUUUUGGGAUUACUUUGCCUCGGAAAUUUGAUGUCUUGUUGCCGAGAACAAAUCUAUUGAAAUUCAGCAGUUUAGUACUAGUACAACUUCUCAAAAAUUUAUCAAGUUUCGAAAAUUAUUUCUACACUUUAUGAAUACUUCGAUACCGUACAGGAAGCAACACAAAGACUCGGUGCUGCGAUUCAAUCAUCCCAGAAUUGCGGACGGAGGAAAAUAGAAACGAUCUUCUACUAGUACUGAUUUCAUCUCUACUCGAGUUUUAUUUCGUGUCGAGUUGUUUCCAGAUGAUAAUGAUUGAAGGCUCUGUUGUAGCUAGUACCCUUUUUCCACCUAUGGCGUUUAGUGCCGUCACUUUGAAGACGUUUGACCCCCAAAUUUGAUCUUUUCUGUUGAAACUGUAGUUUACGAUGUAGUUCUACGACGGAAAGAAUAAAUUGAUUGCUACAUCAACACCCAGCAAAGGUCGAGUUCUUUGCCUUCGAUUGCCUUUGAUGCCACUCUAGUCGUGUAUUUUCAUGUAUUAAUUGCGGGAGUCGCAGAAAAAUGGAAAGAC